UUAUCAUCGCUGGUUUUUGAGUUCCAGGAUCAGAGCCGAGUGACUGUCACUCAGAGUCAUAUGUGCAUAUAGCUAUCAGUACGGUAGAGCCCUGUACAUGACAUCCGCGAGGCGCUAAACAUUCGGGUGGACAGGGAACACAACAAAAAUUAACAUGGAUUUAAAUGCCAUAAUAGAAAACAUGGAAACGGGUGAUCAAGAUGCCGCAUUGAUGGCACUGCAGACGUACAAUAAAAAGAUGACCCAGUGCUUCACAUUUACCACAGAUGAAGAGGAGCAGAGAGAGGAUGGGAAGUUACAAGAGAGGUUAGGAGAGCUAGUGCUGGGCUUCCUGGAGCGAGACCUCCAACCGUCCUGCCAGCUUGCCUGUCUGGAGACCAUCCGCAUCCUGUCACGUGACAAGAACAACGUGGCACCCUUCAUCACGCACACCGCCAUGCAGACCCUCAGCCGGCACGCUGGCAUCGCAAUCUCCCACGGCAACGUGGACUGCGAGGGCAGCGUGGUCCUCGUCCCUUUCGCUGAGAACCCGGACCUGGAGAUUAUCGUAGAGGCGCUGAAGAGCAUCUGCAACAUCUGCUUGCACAACAAGGUGGCUGUGCAGGUGGGCCAGGACUUGCAGCUGAUUGUUGGCAUCGCGGAGCGUCUCAAGCAGUGUGGAGAGGACCAGUGGAACCACUACGUAAGGUUCUUCGACCUGCGCCUCAUGUUCCUUCUCACAGCCCAGCGUGUGGCGAUGCGAACCCAGCUGUUGAGGGAGUUGCGGGGGGUCAGUCUGCUGUCCAACCACCUGGAUGCUACAUUGGGGCUGUGUUGGCCUGAUACCUUCGAGGUGGGGCGGGCCGGGGUGGAGGUCGAUCCGGACUCUGAGGAACCGUCCGAACUGCCCCCACUCAGCCGGGAGAAGAUCGAGAGAGCCAUGGAGAUCCUCAAGAUCCUCUUCAAUAUCACCUACGAUGCCAACCGCCGGGAGGUGGACGAGGAGGAGGCAGCGGCGUUCAGACACCUGGGAGCCAUCCUUAGACACUGUCUGAUGAGCAGCGCUGACGCACAGGACGACACAGAGGAGUUUCACAGUCAUUCACUGAACCUACUGGGGAACCUCCCUCUGUCCUGUUUGGAUGUGCUGCUGAUGCCCAAGGUUCAGCAGGGCUCAAUAGAAUACAUGGGGGUCAACAUGGACGCCGUCGACAUGCUCCUGGAGUACAUGGAGAAGAGGCUAGACAGGGGCAAGAAACUGAAGGAGACCAUGCUCCCCUCUCUUAACCUGCUGACUGAGAGCGCCCGCAUCCACAGGGAGACCAGGAAGUUCCUCAGGAUGAAGGUACUCCCUCCUCUGCGGGACGUGAAGAAUCUACCAGAAGUGGGGAACGCCCUUCGCAACAAGCUUGUUCGCCUGAUGACCAACAUUGACACUGAUGUCAAGAACUGUGCAGCAGAGUUCCUAUUUGUCCUGUGCAAAGAAAGUGUGUCCAGGUUCAUUAAGUACACAGGCUAUGGCAAUGCAGCGGGUCUCCUGGCCGCCCGAGGGCUUCUGCGAGGGGGUGGCAACCCAGGUGUCUACUCUGAGGAUGAGGACAGUGACACAGAAGAGUACCGUGAGGCCAAAUCUCAAAUUAACCCUGUGACAGGCAGAGUGGAGGAUGAGCAGCCCAACCCCAUGGAGGGAAUGACAGAGGAACAGAAGGAGCUGGAGGCCAUGAAGCUGGUCAACAUGUUUGAUAAGCUCUCCAGGUCCAAUAUUAUCCAGCCAAUGAUGCUGGGGAUUGAUGGUUCGAUGACACAGAUGAAUUCUGGCGACCUGCGACGAAUGAGAGACCAGAUACCACAGGGACAACAACUACACCUACAAACACAACUACGUCUAGAACCACAACAACAAGAACAUAAAAAAGAACAACAAGAUCAACAACAACAGCAAGGCUCAGGCAGCGAGGACGAGGGGGAGGUAGAAUGAAUAUAAUGGACUGUCACCUGUUGUGUAACCUCUGUCACAGGCUCUGAAGCUUAUCGGUGCAGGCGGAAUCAUCAUCUGAUGUAAGACAAUGACUGUGUACUAAAAUAGCUACAGUGUUUGAGUAGCAUGUGAAAUGUUAACUAUCUUUCUUAAGUAUAUAGUAAUGUUCUGGGUUGUGAUUAACUUCCAUCAGUGUGUUUAGGUAUGUUUUCUGCCUUUUGUAGGUGAAAUACUUUACAUAUCGGACUCCUUUCACAUUAAAUGUUGUUUCAAGACUUUAAUCUUCUUUACGUUCUCAAAAGACAGAAUGACACUGUGUGAUGAGUUUCCUUUUAUUUGUCCCUGGUUUUGUUUGCGUUGUUCUUAUACUGAGCAAAUUUUAUUGAAGUUAUUUAUAGAAUUAAAUUAUGAAUCCAUUAAUACAGUUUCAGUAGUUGCAUUGUUCUAAACUAGUGAUCAGAGAGCCUCAAAAUGAAGUAUAAUAUCUGAUUAUAUUAUGAGGUGUUUUUCAUGUUAUGUGAUACCUGACGUUUUGGGGGAUGGGUGAUCUUGAUAUGGUGUGCCACUAUGCUAUCUCAGUUAUGUGCACAUUUCAGUUCAGAAUGGGAAUGAGUAAAAAAUCCGUUGAUUUUAGGUGGUUUCAUGGCAAUUUAAAGGUUUGAUGAAAAUAAUCCACUUAUAUAUUCACCCUAAUUUAUAUUGUAUACCAACUCUAAUGUGAGGUUCAGUAAAAAUGUUUCAAAAACAUUCUCUUGAAUUGGCAUCUUUUAUAAAUAAAUAUUCUUGGCAUUUUAUUUGACUUUUACAGUAAUUAUCAGGUAUCUACCGAGAAAGUCCAUGGAAGAAUGGUAAUUAAACAGUAAUAAAGAUGAAUUAUUAAUUAAUAUCUUAUAUUACAAAAAAUAUUUGUUGCAGUAAACAGUGUGCUAUAUUAGAUUUAACCACCACCUAUAAUUAUUAAUUGACCACUAAUACAAUAGAGAGGGAAAUGGGGAUUUCCAUGGCUACACGAAGAGAACGGGUAAGGCACUUGGUUCAAGGCCUGGGUGGUGUUCAUUAGGGCACACCCAACAGGAAACACUGUAAAAAAUGUUAGCCAUGGAACUUACAACUGAAGGAUUCUUAUUGGACAACUCCAGGUAGUCCCUCCCAGUUUCAGUCCAUUUUCUUCCUUUUGGUGCCUAAUGAACACGACCCAGGUCUUAUCAAGCGUUUGCUUUACUGGCCACUAACGCAUAACAGACACCAGCGUCCCGUCAGAAUUAGAGGUGUCAUUUUAGGUGAACACAGCUAUACUGCAGAGAUGAGAUGAGCUUCUUCUGUCUUCUGACAUUAUGUAAAUAGAGGAAGAGGAGAAUCAGACUACUAUGUCAGGGCUGCCCAACCUUCUUCCUGGAGUUCUACGUCGUGUAGGUUUUCAGUCCCAACUCUAAUUUCUCUUAUUAGCUGUUCACCAAGACCUUAACUAGCUGAAUCAUGUCGGUUAGGUUAGGGUUGAUCUCCAGGAAGAGUGGUGGGGGCAGCCCUGUCAUAUGGAUACAUAGCCUGUCUCGUUGACAGUAAAAGCUGCCCUCUGGUGGCUGAUGCAAUGUACUGGAAAGUGUUUUCUGGGUGGAAUCAAAGUUCUUUUCAGUGGCUUCAGGAAUAUCAAAACCUUUCAUUAAAAAAAGUUAGGCAAUGUUGUUUACAUAUUUUCAAAAUCUAAACGUAUACAACACAUGUCACAAAAACAAUUUUUAUAAUCAAAUCAACUCUAUACUGAACAAAAAUAUAAACGCAACAUGCAACAAUUUCUACAGUUUUACUGAGUUACAGUUCAUCUAAGGAA